AUGGCGUCCGACGAGAUUAUCUGGCAAAUCAUCAACCAGCAAUUCUGUGCUUUUAAACUGAAAACCAGGACCCCAAAGGAGCAAAAUUUCUGCCGCAACGAAUACAAUGUGACGGGCUUCUGCAACCGCCAGUCGUGUCCGCUGGCCAACUCGCGCUACGCCACGGUCCGCCAGCACCCGACCAAGCAGACCCUCUACCUGUACAUGAAGACGGUCGAACGUGCGCACCUGCCGUCCAAGAUGUGGGAGCGCAUCAAGCUGUCCAACAACUACUCCAAGGCGCUGGAGCAGAUUGACGAGCGGCUCAUCUACUGGCCCAAGUUUCUGCUGCACAAGUGCAAGCAACGCCUGACGCGCCUGACCCAGGUGCAGAUCCGCAUGCGCCGCAUCGCCGCCGAGGAGGAGCGCCUGGGUGAGAAGCUGGUGCCUAAGCUGGCGCCCAAGAUCCGGCACCGCGAGCGCGCGCGCGAGCGCAAGGCAGAGGCGGCCGCCAAGCUGGAGCGCACCAUUGAGCGCGAGCUGCUCGAGCGCCUGCGCCAGGGCGCCUACGGCGAGCAGCCGCUCAACGUGAGCGAGGCUAUCUGGAAAAAGGUCCUCAACGCCAUGGAGCGCGAGGGCAACGGCCUCCGCGACGAGGACAUGGACGAGGGCAUCGACUCGGAGGAGGAGGAGGAGCUGGACAGCGAGGCCGAAGACGGUGAAAAGGCUGUCGAGUAUGUGUCCGACUUGGAUGAGAGCGAGGCGGAGCUCGCCGAGCUGCAGGAUUGGCUGGAGAGCGAGGAUGAGGACGAGGUUGAGGUCGAGGAGGAUAGCGACGAGGAGGAGACGGAAAAGCAGAGCAGCAAGAGAAAGCGCGGCCGUGCCAUCAAGAUGCAGAACAAACGUCCUCGCCAGACCGAGAGGGAGAAGGAGAAGCUGACUCUGACCAACGACCUGGCCUGGUAA